CUUGAUAAAUGUGCAACCAUUGAGCUACACUAGCCUGAUACAAACGGAGGUUACAAAGUGCAAUCAAAUUAGUCUGAUAUCAUCUGUAUGCUCUUAGAGACUAUAAAAGCUCCGAUGCCUUGCCGCUUUAUGUGAUCCAUCAUGGCUCUGCACUGGACUACAGUACAUGCUGUGCUUUGGACAAUUCUGUAUUCAUUCACAGAAAACGUCAGAGCGUCACCAUGUGCUGAAGUAAACAGUUCAUCAACGGUGGUUCCGUUUGGCUCAGAAGUCACAGCUUCCUGUUACAUCAAAGAAGAGUGUUCGCUCACAAAAACCCAGGAUUUUCUCAUUAAGUGGAGGAAGAAUGCUCAUUUUAUGCCCAGUAGUAAAGGCAGUCAGAAGAAUGUAUAUGAAAUCCUCAUAUCCAACUUCACUGACAUGCAAGCUGUGCUGGAAUGUUUUAUCUGCUUACAUGAUAUAUGCAACGUGGUAGGCGCUGUGGAGAUUAGAGCAGUGUAUCCUCCACCCGUCCCACAGAACUUGAAUUGCCUAUUAAAUCUUAAUGAACCUGCUACUCUGGUAUGUACGUGGGACCCUGGUAAAAAAGCUUCAGACAUUCCAACAAACUACACCCUGUACACAGAAAUCAUGCAUCUAAAUACAACAAGUCCAUUACAAAGGUUCGCCUAUGCUCCACCACCUGAGGAGAAUUUCUACAGGGUUCCACGUGGCGGCUUCACUUUGUUUCAUGAAGUGCAAGUUUACGUGGUAGCAAUGAAUGUCUUUGGCCAGGCAACAUCUAACCUCCUAGUGCUGGAUCCUAUGAAAACAGCUAAGCUGGAUGCUCCAGUGAUUCAAGGGGUUGGAACACAAACAUUUGGAUGCCUUGAGUACAAAUGGAGUCUCUCAAAUACUCAGAAGUGGAUAAGAAAGACCUUAGAUAUAGAGAUCAAAUUUAAACCUGUGAACACCAACAUUUCCAACAAAGAGCAGUUUAGUCGAAGACCUGAAAACAAAGUUAAGGUGUGUGGUCUGCUUCAUGGCAUGAGCUAUGAAUCACAGAUGAGGGUAAGAUAUCCGAGCAGCAGCCCAUGGAGUGAGUGGAGCAAUGCUACAGUGGCUACUACACCCAUGAAAGCUCCCACUGGCCGGCUAGACACAUGGCUGAAGCUGCAGAGGCCAGAAACUAGGAAUCAGACAGCACAGCUGUUCUGGAAGCCAUCUUUGCAGUUCCGUGCCAACAGCAUGAAUGUGUCUUACACUGUAUCACUAAUGGAAGAAUUCACAAAGAAGAAAGAAAUUGUGUGUGUCACAGAUCAGCAACACUGUACUUUCCAGAUUCAUGCAAAGGUCAGGAAGGUCUUCCUGACAGCUAAGAAUGAAGCAGGGAAAUCCAACCCUACUGAUGUGCCACUGUACAGACGAAGAGGAAUGGAUCCUGUCCUUUUUCUGGAAAUACUUCCACAAUCUGAAGAGUCUUUGUUGGCCAAAUGGAUAAGCCCAGAGACCUCAGUCAUUAGUGCAUAUGUGCUGGAGUGGAGAGCACUAUGUGGGACGAAUCCAAAUCAUGUCUCUUUUGAAAUUCUGAACCAAAAUCAGACCAGCUUUGUAGCAUCGAGUCUUGAGCCUUACAUGCCUUAUGAAAUUUCAGUAUAUCCGAAAUAUGGGGGUGGAAUUGGUCGGCCCUACAGCACUAUAGCAUACACAAAGCAAAAAGCCCCCUCCAUAUCUCCAAAAUUAGAGAUUGGAAAGAUCACACCUUCUUUUCUUGAACUUUCCUGGGAUGAAAUCCCAUUGCAGAAGAGGAAUGGAAUUAUUACUGGCUAUAGGAUUUUCUACAAGGAUGAGAAAAACAAUACAAGAGUUAUAGAGACUGAGAGCACAAACAGACACGUGGUGCUUAAAGAUCUCAAUCCUUUCACCAUCUAUGAACUCUUCCUAAUGACUAGCACAAAUGGUGGCAGUGUGAAUGGGUCCACCGUCACAGUGAAAACUGCAUCUAUUGAUGCCUUUGAGAUAGUUCUCAUUGUGAUUCCAGCAUGUGUUGGAUUGACACUUUUCUUCUUUGGUGUGUUUACCUGUUUUAUCAAACAAAAGUGGAUGAAGAAGUAUGUGUGGCCAGUGAUUCCAGACCCUGCCAACAGCAAUAUUAAAAAGUGGACAACCGCUGAUUCUCUAGAAUGCAUGCCUCCCUUUAAAGAGGUCAAGGACCCUGUGCUGGUGUAUCUCUCCCACAUUAGUCUUCUGUGUCCACCUGAGAAAGAGUUGUCGAAAGGAGAUGAGAACAUCAAGAGCGACAAUUGGCCAUAUAAUGGCAAAACUGUUGAUGCAGGCUACGAUGAUUCAUCCCAUGAUUCUGAAACCUUUGAAUCAGAGCAGCAGAGCGAAUCUGUGCCUUAUGCUACAGUUGUUUUUGCUGGGCCAUAUCAACGCCAGCCUGUCUCUCCACCAGUCUACCUGCGCUCAGAGUCCACACAACCCCUACUGGGAGAAGAGGAACCUUCUAGUCCUCGUCCAUAUGAGAAAAUGUCCACCCAAGUCAAUGUUCCUGAUAUAGACCACUUUUCAACAUUUCACAAUAAUUUAAGUACCGGAGAAGAAAAAGCUUCACUUUGGGUGGAUUUCCCUAUGCUCAGGUCUUUGGAAAUUAACAGUAAGUCUUAAAUUCAAUGUGUGCAUUCAUAUACAGCCAUAAACUGGUGCAGUUAUGAAACAAUGGUUACAUUUUACCUGGGUUUGGUGCUACAUUGGAAUAUAAUGACUUUAUUUUGUAAUUGUUUUUUGUAAUAGAGACAUGCAGAGUCAUUUAUUGCAACAUUCUGUGACCCUGAGACCCUAUUGCUUAGCAACUAAUAAUAUGAGGCAACCAGUAGGAUGUAAAAGGAAAAGUAUUAACUUGCAUAGCACCAUAUAAUUCACAUGGUAAUAUCUGUUAGUAAUAUAUACAUGAGCUAAGUGCUAAGAUUUGGUUAGGAAGUUAGAUUGCAGCAAAAGACUAUCUCUGUCACUGUUAGAGCAUUGUCACUUUUGUACAUGAUGUAUGUGAUUGGCCAAUCAUUCAAUCUGUCCAUGCACUGACCUAUAAAAUGUGAUCUAAUGAUUUAAUAAUCUAAAUUAAUUUUGAGUGAAGCAUAAAUUAGAGUGCCCACUGUGACAUGCUGAGAAAUGGAAGCAUAAUUUAAACCAGGCAUUUCAUGAUUUAGAGGUUAUACUUGAUUGGGUUUGUGGUUACUCUGUGCUUCCAUUUUCCUGUUCAGCAAUGUUUGGUCACACUUUCUUUUUUAAAGGUCUACUAAAAUAUCAAAUUCAGUCAAUCUUGAGAGUCACUGAUACCAAAUGGAUAGUGAGGUAGUAUGGUAACAUGUGCAGGAGACAAUGUGAUGGGAUGUAAAAUAGUACAUUUUUAAUAAUAUUAUAAAUACAAGUAUUUACUACCUUGAAAAAUCAUAAAUUGACAAAGAAAUAAAAAUUUGCAGAAUGCAUUAUAGUGGCUGAUAAAUGUGAUCUUAUCUGUUAUAACUGUAAGUAAUCGCACUUUUCAGUCCAUACAGGAUUUCACUGAGUUUUUUGUGAUUGUUGCGGCCAGAAAUGCUUGAUUUUGCUGCAGCAAUUUUUUAUUUAAAUUUUUUUUUUUUUGCAACUUGCAGAAUUUUUUGUGCUUUUUCUGCGGAAAACUACUUGAACUGGCAAAAGUGCAAUUGCACGAAACUGUUUUGCACAGUCUUUCAAAGUGAUGUUUGUUGGUAAAUGAGACCUUUCAGCUAUACUGAUGUUGUAUGCUCACAUGAAUCGAAGAGGGCUUUGGCUGAAUGCAAGUUGUGAUGAAGUCACAUGACAUGUCUUGGCUCAAAUCUGAAGAGCCCAGAGACCUGGUAAAUUUGAGGUACUUUUGCAAAAUUGCAAGCUCCUCAGAAUAUUUCAGGGCUUGCUUGAUUUUGCAUUAAUUUCUGCAAUCACAAAAUCCUGGAUGGACUGACUUUUUUCAGCUGCUAUCACUGUGAAGUUAAUGGCUCUGAAAAUAUUUAUGUGCUUGGCCAGUUGAGACAGGAUAAAAAUUGAGCAGUUAGGGGUUGAUGGCCUUGCUCAAGGACCCAACAGUUUGGAGGAACCAGGAUUUGAACACAUAACUCAAACAGUAUUCCGGAGUCAUGUCUGAGAAACAACUGCAGACCACAAUAUCAAGUUACAUAGGUUUGAAAAUAUAGUCUAUCUGACUGAUUGUUAUCAGUAUCUCAGUGUAAAUAUUUUUUUCUGAAUGUAUUAAGUAACAUUUGGUGCUCAUCAAGGCUCUGUACUAGGGCCUCUACUGAUUUCAGUCUACAUUUGGGAGAUACCAUCUUCAAUUAUGGAAUAAAUAUCCAUUGUAGUGCUAAUGAUUCCUUUAUUUUUUCUGGAUUUUUUUUAUUCAUAAUAUUCAUUUUCUUAUUAUAUUAUUAUUUUAAUUAAUUCUUAAUACUUAUUUUUUAGUAUUCUAAAAACUUCCUGCUUUCUAAAAACUUCCUGUACCUUCCCUAAAAACUUACAGUUUACCCUAAUAUUCAAGUGUGACAUAAGUCUUCUUGUUUGUUACUUUUCUAGGGAUGCAGAUCUGUUUUUUUACUUUUAGAAUAAAAAAUGGUGGGGGGGGAAUCAGCAUUUGAGAUUCAGAUACUGUAAGUCAGGGGAUGUGCAAAGUCCAAAUGAGGCCUGCAGACAGAUAUUAACUGGUCCGUGGCCUUUCUAUUAGAAUGUAUGAUGCAAUGCAUUUAUUUUCAACUGAUGGUGGCAGCAGACACAGCACAUAGUAAUUAUUUAAUCUCAACUCAAUAUCCUAUGGUGUGUGAGUGUGUGUGUGUGUGUGUGUGUGUGUGUGUGUGUACUGUGCGAAUGUUUUAGGCACAUGCAAAGAAAAGCUGUUGAGUGACGAUGCCUUCAAAAUAAUUAAAUUAAUUUACUACUUUUUUUUUGAACGUCAAGAGCAGGAGCAGUAAACAGUAGUAAAUGAAACAAAGUCAAUAUUUGGUGUGACAAAAAAAAUAAAAAAUAAAACUAGUAGCUUCGGUACAAUUUGUGCAAUUUUAUAAGGAAAUGUUCUUCUGGAGAAUUUUUCUGUUGCACUUGCAUCUUAUUUCUGCAGUAAAACUCAGCAGCCUUCAUUGUGUUUUUUUGUCUGAAAAGUGGUCUCUUACGUAAUAUGCUGCUUUCUUUAAUGACACAAACAUUUUUCUCUAACAUUCAAUUUUGUGCUAGAAAACUAAUGUUUUGGCAUCUAAAAUGUUUUUUUGUACUGACUUGACAUGUAGAAUUCAUCAGUUAAAAAGUCUAUAGCAAAGUUUGUACUAAAAAAAAAAGUGUGCCUAAAACCUUUGCACAGUGCUGUGUGUGUGUGUGUGUGUGUGUGUAUGUGUAUAUAUAUAUAUAUAUAUAUAUAUAUAUAUAUAUAUAUAUAUGUGUGUGUGUGUGUGUGUGUGUGUGUGUGUGUGUGUGUGUAUACGGCCCUCUCGUAUUUUGAUGAGGUCUCAUUUGGCCCCCUUUGAAAAUAUUUGGACACCCCUGCUGUAAGUACUGUAGAGCUUUAUUGGAAUUUUGUUUUAUGAUUAAUUUCAUUUAACUCUAAGUUUUAUCAGACUUUGCAUCAAUCUGAAUUUAUCAUUUCAUUUUUUUACUUUUUAUUUUCUUUUUCAUUGUACUCAGAUUGUUUGUCUGCUGAUUUACUAAUUCAUAUUAUGUAAAACUUAUAAAACUUAUCUUGUGAUACUUAUAUAACACAAAGGCUAGAUAAAUACAAUUUAGUUGAGUUCAGAUUGAUUAAACUUAAACUUGCUCUGGACAUGGAAAAAAGUUUAAAAUAAUCUAUGGAUUAUUUUGAGCAGUUAUCAAUAGUUCUCCUACUCAAUAAAUUUUCAAAUAAA